UUUCUGUCUUAGACUCGGCUCUUCUCGCUCUCCCACCGUCCCCCAACUUUGGUUUCCUCUCUCCUCUCAUAAUUGACGAGUCGCAAACCUCACCGGUGUGGCGGGAAUUGAAAUAUUCCUAUUGCCGGAAACGGUGACCGAUCGGAGAUUAAAACCCUAGAUCAACCAGAAGCUCACUGAAGAGGGUUCUACAGAUGCGAAAACAAGUUAGAGAAGACAAUUUGUUAUUUUUUUUUUAGAUGUUCUUCCUUAGCUUGAUUGAGCACACACUCCGAUUGUCGCCUCAUCUUCUGGACCUUCCUCUCAGUGAAGCCAUCAAAGGAGAGCUUGAAAGUCUCUUCUUAGACAAGGUCGUUGCGAAUUUGGGGCUGUGUAUCUUUGUUAAUGAUAUCAGGUCUAUAGAUGGUGGUUUUGUCUUCCCUGGGGAUAGUGCUUCAACCUAUACGGUGGAGUUUAGAUUGGUUAUGUUUGGGUUGUUUGUUGAGGAUAUUAUCACUGCAAAACUUAAAAGAAUCGGACGCCAAUGGCUUAAGAAGUUGUGCAGCACAAAGAGCAUGCUGACUGUGAAUGAAAGCUUUCCAGGGCCGGUCAUUCGGAUUCAUAGAGGCGAUAAGGUGUAUGUGAUUGUGCAGAAUGAAGGUGAUUACGGUGUCACUAAGAAAGAGGAAACUGUUAGGCAUGGAGUGAAGCAAACAAGGAAUCCAUGGUAUGGAAAAAGCCAAAUGAUGACCAUGAGCAUGGAGAUGCAUAUCAGCUUGAUUUUAUUUUUGGCUGAUACAGGCAGCAAAAGUGGAAUUUUUGAGAGUAUUUUCCUUGGUGAGAGAGGACUUGUUUUUAUAAUUAUUUGUCGAAUUUUUGAACAUAUGAAGUUGAUAGCAUCUCAACUUUUCCCAACAAAGCCUGAAGCUGGGAAGCUAAUUGCUGCCACCAUCACAUUUUUUUAUAGCAUCUACAUCAAGUAUUAUGCUCAUAAGUCUUUUUUGUACUGGUGCCUACGCUCUGCCUCUCAUGUUUCUUUUCAAUAAUAAAACAAACCUGCUUAUGAAUGGUGUUGGCUUAGUGACGAAUGUCAAAAUCUGGAACUCCUAUCAUUCAUUAUAUUAUGCUUCCUGACUCCGCAAAGAAUGGGUCCUAUAUUUGAAUCUAUCUCAUUCUAUUUUGAGAUGAGAUUGAAGAUCAAUACCAUGUCAUUUACAUAA